AUGCCUCGACUAUUCCCCUCCCAAGACGCGCUUCAUGAUGCGUUUCUCCCCUCUAGCCAGCGGGUAUCUACCAGGUGGACUCCUGAGUCUCAAUCGAACGUAGUAGAACCCGAGCGGACCCCUCUUCAAGCGAGCUCCGAGCUCUACCCAGUUUGGUCCGUCGUUGACGACUCGAAGAACAAGUCACAGGCUUUGGGCGCCGAGGCCACCCACGAGUUUGAUAAAGCGAGCAUGAAGGCUAAGUCUAAGACUGGGAAUAUCGAGCUGUUCUCUGCUAAGUACUAUGCCGCGUGUACUGUAGGAGGACUCCUUGCUUGUGGUCUUACACACACCAUUGUCACACCUCUUGAUCUAGUCAAAUGCCGCCGUCAAGUCAACCCCAAGUUGUACACUGGUAAUUUCCAAGCCUGGGGUAAGAUUGGUCGUGCGGAAGGUUUCCGCGGUGUUUACACCGGAUGGGGCCCAACAUUCUUUGGAUACUCAGCCCAGGGUGCUUUUAAAUAUGGAGGUUAUGAAUACUUCAAAACGUGGUACUCGGAUCUGGUUGGUGCUGAAAAUGCUAGCAAAUACAAGACAGCCCUCUACUUGGCAGCUAGUGCUUCUGCUGAACUCAUCGCCGAUGUAGCUCUCUGCCCUUUCGAGGCCGUAAAGGUUCGCAUGCAAACUACCAUUCCGCCAUUCGCCAAAGGUACUUUUGAUGGAAUCAGUAUCGUUACCGCCAAGGAAGGUUGGGGUGGAUUGUUCAAAGGAAUAUAUCCUCUUUGGGGCCGCCAGAUUCCUUACACUAUGAUGAAGUUUGCUUCUUUCGAGAACAUUGCUGGGAUAAUCUACCAGCGCCUGCCACGCCCGAAGUCUGAUUACGGCAAAGGUGCUCAAACGGGUGUCUCUUUCGCUGCUGGUUAUUUGGCCGGUAUUCUCUGUGCUAUUGUCUCUCAUCCUGCCGAUGUCAUGGUUUCUAAACUGAACGCCAACCGACUUCCCGGCGAAGCCAUCGGAGCUGUUACCGGACGUAUCUAUAAGGAAAUUGGAUUUAUGGGUCUAUGGAACGGACUUCCUGUCAGAAUUGUAAUGAUUGGUACACUUACAGGGAUGCAAUUCUGGGUAUAUGAUUCCUUUAAGGUGCUGCUAAAGCAGCUAGACGGUGUAUAUUAUUACGAAUCAUCACUCCUCUUGUGCAAUAGAAAAAUCCAAUAUGUUCGGGGCACGAAGUCCUUGGAUAAAUCAACAGGUGGUUACGACGAAGUCUAA